AUGGAAGUGGGCAUCAACUUGCACCUGGCGCUACAUCAGCUACGCUAUGAGACCUCUUCACGCGUGGUAUGGGCUGACGCAGUCUGUAUCAAUCAAAGUGAUGUAGAGGAGAGAAGCGAGCAGGUCGCUCUCAUGGGGGAAAUCUUUCAAAAGGCGUAUCAGGUAGUCGUGUGGCUUGGGUCGGAACCUGCCAGCCAUACGAGAAAUGCCGUUGGCGCUUCCGAUGACAAUGAUGAAAUAUCAUCUCAAGCUUUCGCCAUGAUCUGUUCAAUCGUUGACACAUGGGCAAGGGAAACAUACCGUGUCGAUAUUGGACGCCCGCAGUAUAGGAGACAAGGAUCAACUCAAGACGCAUACGACACCAUACCGCUUGACAGGCCGCACUGGGAGAAACUGAAGCCCCUGUUCAGUAAUUCCUGGUUUACAAGGAUGUGGGUUGUUCAAGAGAUUGCCCUGGCCAGGCGGGCCACAGCGGUAUGGGCGAAAAGCGAAAUCUCCUGGGAGCUAAUCGGGCUCGCAGCCGCGAUCAUUCGCACCAACUGGAGAUAUAUCGGGCCUUGGGGAGGACACGAUGGAAUCGGAUCCCAUCGAGUUCCCGUUGGGGUCAUGAACGCUUACUUCAUGUAUCGGAUCUCCAGCUUCCGGUCAAACUUGGACCCCCUUCGCUUCAGCUUCUGUGAACUCCUUGCUCUAACCAAACAGUUUGAAUGUCAGGAGAAGCACGAUAAAAUAUUUGCGCUCCUUGGGCUGAAGACUUCGGAUUGGGCCAAAUUAUUCAUCGUAGUUGAUUACUCGAGGCCCCUAGAUGAUCUUUGGCGCAGUGUAGGUAGCCCUAGCGAUACUUCGCUCGAGGCAGCCUUUGGCGAUCCUAGCUUACGUUCAUCACGAAGAAAUCCCAGACACUCUCAGAAGUGA